AUGACUACACUCACGAAGCUUUACGUAUACCCACAAAGCUUCGAUGGCCCAAGUACUAGAGAUGGGCACUUGAUCGGAGCUCUUGGACGGGGAGUCCACCGGUUUGGCGUUGGAGUGUCGACGAGCCGUAGUGGAUUAAGGUUGAGGAAGUGUAGAUCCUUCAGAGGCGAGGAUGGUGGGGAUUAUGAGAAGGAGGAUCGUAAAGGGAGGAGUCGUGGAGAUUCGAGGUUAAAAAAGGUGUCAACGAAGAAGGAAAUUCAGUUUUGGAAAUUUUUGAGGUCUGGUGUUUUGGGUAAGGUUAAUUUGCUUUUGGGGUCGGAUUUUGAACGGGGGAAGCUUAUGGCUAAUAUGGAGGCUUUGUUUUCUUCGGCUGCAGUCCAAAUUGGAAGAUAUAUCGUUACAAUGAUGAGCACUGGUGUUGUACUUGCUGUUGGGUUUCAAUUAUCAGGUGGUGACAGUCAUAUGAACACACUGAUUUGGUAUAGUUGGCUCGGGGGGGUUAUUAUUGGAACCAUGAUUGGUGCUAACAUGGUAUUAGAGGAGCACUGCAGAGCUGGUCCACGCAACGUUGUUAUAACUGGAAGCACAAGAGGAUUGGGGAAAGCACUAGCCAGAGAGUUUCUUCUCUCAGGAGACCACGUAGUUGUGGCUUCUCGCAGCCCUGAGUCUGUUCAAGAGACUAUUAGAGAGCUGGAGGAGAACUUAAAAGGUCUAAUGGUCAGAAGUGGUUCUUCCAAUACAAGCCUGACACAUGCUAAAGUUGUUGGCACAACAUGCAAUGUUUGCGACCCUGAAGAUGUUCAUAAUUUGGCGAAGUUUGCUUUAAAUGAACUUGGUUCCAUUGACAUUUGGAUAAACAACGCGGGCACGAACAAAGGCUUUAGACCCUUGCUGCAGUUCACAGAUGAAGAUAUUACUCAGAUUCUCUCAACAAACCUCGUUGGUUCCCUUCUUUGUACUCGAGAAGCCAUGCGUGUAAUGAGAAAUCAGGCUAAAGGAGGACACAUUUUUAACAUGGAUGGUGCCGGCUCUGGAGGUUCAAGUACUCCUUUGACGGCUGUGUAUGGAUCGACAAAAUGUGGUCUUAGACAGCUUCAAUCAUCUCUUUUGAAAGAAUGCAAGCGGUCCAAUGUAGGAGUACAUACUGCAUCACCUGGCAUGGUUUUGACAGAUCUCCUUCUUAGUGGUUCAACUGUGAGAAACAAACAGAUGUUCAAUAUCAUUUGCGAGCUUCCUGAAACGGUGGCUAGAACAUUAGUUCCUCGAAUGCGGGUUGUAAAAGGAACAGGGAAAGCCAUCAACUACUUGACUCCUCCAAGAAUCUUAUUAGCUCUGGUCACGGCUUGGCUGCGACGAGGUCGGUGGUUUGACGAUAAGGGGAAGGCUCUUUAUGCAGCGGAGGCAGACAGAAUCCGAAACUGGGCCGAAAAUCGCACCCGUUUCUCCUUCACUGAUGCAAUGGAGAUGUACACAGAGAACACCUGGGUGUCUGUGUUCUCCCUUUCGGUGGUUUGUGCCUUCAUAAUUCUCUCUACCACAAGCACCACUCUUCCCGGAACUUGAUUAUCUCCCCAAUUACAUUAUACUAAGAAAAACCAACCCUCACAUCCAAUAGCAAAUGUAUUGACUGCCUAACCGCAAAGCUCUGAAGAUGGCCUCACGAAGCCUAUUUAUUUGUGUAGUUGAAUGGACUGAUCUGUAUUGAAAUAUAGCGUGUAAAAAGUUUACAAGAAUUUGAGUAAAGUUUGUGGCUUUUCUAACAGCCCUCAGCUUUUAUUUUUCA